CAGAUUGUCAGUCAGCAGGAGCUCGAGGAAAAUAGCAGCUUGUUUUGAUCAGUCGGCGAUUGUUGACCAGACAUUUUCUGUCACAGCGUUUUUCUACUAUUAACCCCAUGAACGCAAAGCAUCCAAUACAUCCUCAGACAGAAAGGAAAGCGAUAAUAUAGUGUUGUCAUCGAAAACCUCCUUUAUCGAUAGGUGACAGUGGAUGUUGCUACAUCCAUCCCCUCAGCCCAGGUCCCCCUCUGUCUGCCCUCUGGAGGACUAUCUUCUCCAGCCGCCUAUUUCAAAACGAGUUGGGUGUCCUGUCGUGCUGUCGGGAGAACCGGGGUUUGGAUGCCUAAGCUGACGGGGCUCCGUGCCUGUGGCUGCCGGGCGGGCCGAUGCUAGGAGCGAGGAAAACAUAGUGGUGCUGGUCGGUGAUGAGAUGUCAGAGCGGGGAUGCCUCGUCUUAGAGACUGUGUUGUAGUCGAUGGUAUACCCGAGUGUACACAGUGUACGUACCUCUCUGACUUGGAAAACCGACGAGUGGACCAACUUUUGAGCCUAACUUGUGGUGACAUAUUUAUGGAUGGUGGGGUCGCAGUAUGCCCACCCCCUCAACUACCAUUACACCACUGGCUGGAGGGAGUAGCAGUACUGGAGGGGAAGAGGAGCCCAUGUCUGCCGCCUCCACCUCUACUCUCGGCUCCUCUUUCCGGUUUAUCCCGGCUUUCUGUCUGGGCGUGGUGGCAGCAGUAGUGUUCCAGCUGGCCUGGGGAGGCCUGACUCUCACCUCUUUCUUCUUGAAGUUGUUCAUCUAUGUGUCAUUUGCCCUCCUGUGUUUCCUGGCCGGGAGCUUUGUUCUGCUGGUGAGGAAGAGUCCUCUCAAAGUCAGCUGCUUUCAGAGAAACAGGAGGCAGUCGGCUGUACGACUGGACUUCUUCAACAAGCUUAUGGCUCGUUUUUUGGUGCCACUUCCUGAAUCAAGUCAGAACAGGAGGGUGGUGGUGUCACACAAUGUGGACAAAUCUCUGAAGGAAGUGUUUGACUAUGCCUACAGAGACUACAUCCUGUCGUGGUACAUCCCUUUGAGCCAUGAUGAGGGCCAGUUGUACUCCAUGCUUUCAGAGGACUGGUGGCAGAUGAUUGGACAAUUAAGAUCCAGGCUUGCUGACUUUGACCUUGUCAAUGUGGUGUGUUAUGACACCAUCCGAAUCCUACACACUCACUUCACUGACCUCAAGGCUGCAUCUGCAAGCAGACCAGAGGAGUGCGCUCGACCAUUUCCUCUCCAUCCCUGUUUGGUCAGUCCAGAAUCAGAGCUGGCCUUUCUCCGCUGUGUAGCCAGAAUACUGCUGCUAUGUCUGCUGCCACAAAAGGAUGCUAAGUCACAUACACUACGCUGCUGCCUCACAGAAGUUAUCACUACUAAAGUGUUGAAGCCUUUGGUAGAAGUGCUGAGCGACCCAGACUCGAUAAACCGGAUGCUGUUGUCUCAGCUGGAGCAGAGGGAGCAGCAGGCUGAGCAGCAGAAGAAAGCCUACACCUACGCUGCCUCCUAUGAAGACUUCAUCAAACUGAUAUCAACUUCUGCUGAUGUCAAUUUCCUCAAACAACUCAGGUAUCAGAUUGUGGUAGAGAUUAUUCAUGCCACAACCAUCAGCAGUCUGCCUCAGCUCAAAAAGCAGAAAGGUAAAGGUAAAGAGUCAGCAGCCAUGAAGGCAGACCUGCUCAGGGCCAGAGACAUGAAACGAUACAUCAAUCAGCUGACUGUAGCUAAGAAACAAUGUGAGAAACGGAUCCGCCUCCUGGGCGGACCAAACUAUGAGAACAAUGAGGAAGGGGGUGCUGACGACGGAGAUGAGCCUCAAAGUCAAAAGAUUCUCCAGUUUGAUGACAUCAUGUGUAAUCCAGGUUACAGGGAGCAUUUCAGAGUUUACAUGGAAAGAGUUGAUAAGAGAGCUCUGAUAGGCUUCUGGGAACUGGUGGAAACCCUUAAAACUGCCAACAAGAAUGAAGUGCCCCAAAUCGUAGGAGAAAUCUACCAGAAGUUCUUUGUGGAGUGCAGGGAGAUUCCAGUGGAAAAGUCUCUUCUGAAGGAGAUCCAACAGAGUUUGGUGGGGAACAGAGGAACACAAGUGUUUGUUAGACUACAGGAACAGGUGGCUGAGACGAUGAGAGAGCGUUACUACCCCUCCUUCCUGGUGUCUGACCUCUACGAGAGGCUGAUCAGACGAGACGAGCAGCACAGCCAAUCACAAUGUAGCACUGAGGAAAAGGAGGAAGGGUGCCAGGGUCUAGAUGUAGGAGAGGAUGUGUGUGACGAAGGAAGUAAAGGAAUCAACGAGCAGGCCAGUUAUGCUGCCACUAAACUCCGCCAACUUUAUGACAAACUGGAGUACAAGCGGCAGGCCCUGGGCUCCAUCCAGAAUGCACCCAAACCUGACAAAAAGAUUGUGAGCAAACUAAAGGAAGAGAUCGGAGCCAUGGAAAAAGAACACGGUGAACUCCAGCAACAUAUCACAAGGACUGACUGGUGGUGUGAGAACCUUGGACACUGGAGGGCAAUUAUCACUGCCGCUGAGGCCACAGAAGAAGGUGGUGAGACAGUUGCUUGUUACAGUGUGUGUGUAAGCCUGAUAGAGGGAGAGGAGACGGGUAACAGUCGCUGGAGCGUCCAGAGGAAACUCACCGAGUUCCAGAUGCUGCAUCGCAAACUCACUGAGUGUUUUCCAUUGUUGAAGAAACUCCAGCUGCCAUCAAUCAGUAAACUUCCCUUCAAGUCCAUCGAUCAGAAAUUCUUAGACAAGAGCAAAACGCAGCUCAAUGCUUUUCUCCAGCGUCUGCUGACAGAUGAGCGAUUGUGCCAGUCAGAGGCUCUCUAUGCGUUCCUCAGCCCAUCGCCAGAGCAUCUCAAGGUGAUGUCAAUUCAGAAGAAAUCCUCCUUCUCUUUGGCCUCCUUCCUGGAGAGGCUCCCUGGAGAUUUCUUCUCCCACACUGAGGAAGAGGCUGAUGAAGACAGUGACUUGUCAGACUACGGGGACGAAGGAGAUGGAAGGAAGGAUGCCCUGGCUGAACCCUGCUUCAUGCUCAUAGGAGAGAUCUUUGAACUCAGAGGAAUGUUUAAGUGGGUGAGGAAGACUCUUAUUGCACUAGUCCAGGUGACAUUUGGACGAACUAUCAACAAACAGAUCCGGGACACGGUUAACUGGAUCUUCUGUGAGCAGAUGUUGGUGUGUUAUAUCGGUGUGUUCAGGGACACCUUCUGGCCAAAUGGGAAGUUGGCACCACAUGUCAAAGUCCGUACUGACUCUGAACGCAGUGAAACUAAGGAGCGGGCUCAACAGAAACUACUUGAAAAUAUCCCAGAUGCACUAACAAAUUUAGUUGGCCAGCAGAAUGCCCGCUAUGGAAUCAUCAAGAUCUUUAAUGCCCUACAGGAGGCUAGUGCCAACAAACAUCUUCUCUACGUGUUGAUGGAGAUGUUACUCAAGGAAGUGUGUCCUGAACUCAGCGCGGAGGUGGACAACAUCUGAACUCACAUUAACACACACACACAUACGGAGUCUUUGGAUCCUUUUGGCCUUUCUGUAGCUGAUCAAUCAAACUGCCAAGCUAGACAGUGAGAUGGCCUUUUGGUUUAACCUCAGACAGACAGCAGAUGGUAAAAGUUUGCUGUGAUAUGAUGAAAAGCUGUGCUGACACCAGACUGAAAGCGGCCGCCGUUUUACUUUGUUGUGGUACAGAUCUGUUCCUGUCUGACUGAGCAGGGAGACACCACAGGGAGUCUUUUUAAUCAGCUGUCAAAAUAUACUGAUAACAUUUGUAUCUGAAUGUCCACAUAGGAUUUUGACAUUGUGGGACCUAUGUCCUUUUUUUUUUUUUCUUAUUUCAACACCAGAUCUGUACCACAACACAAUUGAAACAACACCUAUGUUCCUGUGUUAAUCAUGGCGGUGUAUAGAUUACUAAGAAGGGUAGGAAUGUGAAAAAGAAAACCAAUUGAUUGGUGGUCAUCAGUUUUUGGACCUGAUGAUUUCAAUACCCUGAUUCAGUUCAGUUCAGCACAGACGCAGUUCACAUUUUCUUUUGUCUUUGAAGACAACAAGUGUGUGUGUGAUUGCCCACGGACCUCUGAACAUUCCUCCUACACACAACCUGAGCAACAACACAUCUGUUCUGUGAUUCUUGUUGAGGCUUAUAAUUGUGCAAUAUAAUGUCAUGUAAAAGUCAUUGUGAUGAUUUUAUUUAUGAUUAUUAUUGAUAGAUUUUAUUUUUACCAAAAAUUGUUUAGAGAGCGUUUAUAUAAGCAAUAAAUUGCAAGGAAAAAGUGA